UUCCCAAGCGUAAGUUUAAUGGUUUUUCGCUUCAAUUAUAACUACCUAUUAAGGAAUUAAUAAUGACAUUGUAUCUUGCUCAUGUAGGGAAUUCAUACCACAGUUACUGAUGUCCCAUGACUUUUUAAGAAAAGAAAUUAAUUAACCAGAACGAUUUUAAUCCACGCCUAGUCGAGAUAAGCCAUGUGGAGCGAGAGGAAAGAGUUUCUGACGAUGAGAAAAACGUAACAUGACUGGGUAAAAAGUUUAUAGUAGCCGAUGAAUGACAAAAGAAACUUCAGAAGCAAGAAAAGAAAUUAUGUCACACUGAAGGAUGUUUGGUUUACCAGCAUUUUAUGGAAAGGUGGAAAAAGCAAUUGUGGGAGCCCAGAAGAGGUUGGAAUCGACGAUCUGGAUUGCUUUCUAUUUUACAUCAAUAUGGCAAGCAUUCAUAACAAAAAAAUAAUUCGUCGAACAGGCAACACAAAGAAAACCCAAGAGGACAUAACCUCUUUAAAAAAUGAACUGUUCUAUUUUACAUCAAUAUGGCAAGCAUUCAUAACAAAAAAAUAAUUCGUCGAACAGGCAACACAAAGAAAACCCAAGAGGACAUAACCUCUUUAAAAAAUGAACUGGUAAGUGGGCUUAAUCUGAAAUAAAAAUACUACUUCUAAAAAUAAUACCUACUAUUUUGUUGCAAAUAUAUACAUUCGUUUUCUCAUUUUGAUGCAGGGUUUUGUAAGAAGCACCCUUGUAAGGUUUACAGAGGAGUCAACCUCGUUAAAAAAUUUUCUGUUAUUUUCAACUUUUUUUAUACAGUUUUUUAAACUAAUAUGCACGCUCAAAUUUACUCUUAAGUAUGUUUGAAAUUAAAAAAUGAUUAUUUAGGGAAAAUAUAAUCACGCCCUUAAAUUUACUCUUGAGUAAAAUUUAGGGUGAAGUGAAGAAUUAAUUACAAAAUAAAAAGUACUUAUUCUUUCUUAAUAAGAAAAAAAUAUUUUAUUAAAAGUAAAGCGGAACAUUUUAUGAAAAGAUGUAAAUCCGUAUUUAUUAGUUCAUUUUUCUUUACUUGCAAGUCUUGGAUAAAAAUACUACGUAUUUCAGUUGUUUUCUUUUUCUUCUUCGUCUCUAGUAAAUUUGAGUAAUCAUCAUUCUAAAUAACCACAGGUUCAUAUUUAUUAGUGCUAAAGUUAGUUAGGU